AUGCCUCCAAACAUGGCAAGGAAGAUCACCGAUAACGCAGAUCUAGUCAGGCCAAUUGGGUUUGAGCCUCUGUCCUAUGAGCCAGUCAAGGUGGACGAUAUUCGUCGUCCUCUCUGGAAUCAGACUAUGAUCCUGGCCAUGGAGGAGCUGGCCAAUGGUAUUGAGGCCAGUGGGGAUUCUGUGAAAGCUGAGGCCCUGAGGAAGACGCUUGAACUUGCGAGUUCGGAGUUUGAGAAAGGGGCUGGUGUGGAAGUGACGUGGUUCUAUUUUAUUGCGAAGAAGCUGUAG